GGAAAACAGAGAAAAAAAAAAUAAAAUAAGGCGCGCGCUUAAACUUUUUUCUUUCUUUUCUUUUUCUUUAAAAAAGAGAAUUUGAACAGAUUGCACAAUUUUAUGAAUGGCGUUUGAUCAACCUAAUCAAUCUCAACAGGCACAACCUGAACAGCGAGGAUUCAGCACUGCCACAGAAGAGUGGGAGUAUGCCAAUAGACGUAACCCUAAUGUAAGGACAUAUUAUCCUAUCAACUAUCCUCCAACGACACAGAGAGAGUAUCCACCCAAUUAUGUUCCUCCACCUACGACUUAUGCACAACCAUCACCAUCUUGGGGACAAGUAAGAAGAAUAGGUUAUUAAAUGACAAAAUAAAUAACAAGACUUAUUAGAACGUACGUCGAUAUGAACCAAUUGAUUAUAAUUAUUCUCGUCAAGCGCAACCACAUAUUCCUUAUGAUCCUAUUCGUAGUAACAGUACUAGUA